UAUUGUUAUUAUUAUUAGUUAUAAAAUAUAAUUGAUUGCAAUGUUGUUGUUAUGUUAGUGUUGUGUUGUCUAACAAAAUAAAAAUAAGUGUCAAAAACAAAAAUCAAUAGUAAAAUACAGUACUAUUAGUAGUAGUAAUGUAUUACUAAUUUAAAGCCUUAAUUUUGAUGAUUGGAUUCAUUAUAUUUAUGCUAAAAAAGAUGAAUGUGUUUACCGACGGCGAUAAUGUUCAUCAUCUGAAUCGGGAACCAUUGAACGCCCAAUCGAUGGUACGCCUGAAGAAUCCGUUUAUGUUUAAACUGAAGGAUGAGUCCAUUCAGACCGACAAUUACCGUAACGGUUUGAAAGUGGACAUCACUUGCGACAGCUCUUUCUGGGUAAUGAGCUUCUGGGCGGUGACUAUCAAUGAUUUACAUCAGUCGCUGGAUACCGAUGAUUGGCAGCCAAUGCGCCAGCAAUUGCUGGACGAAAAGUUUAUCGAUGGCCACUAUCUCUAUAAGAGUGAACCCGAACUGUAUUACGAGACCAACGAAACAGUUACCCAUUGGAUUAAACCGCCGGAUGUCUACUUUAGUGGCGAAAGUCUUGGUUAUAAUCCUAGAUCUCGUUAUCCAUUAGUUGUACUAAUUAUCCGCAAUGAUGAUGACGAUGGCGUCGAGAUUGAUGACAAUGAUGUGGUUUGUUUGAUAUCAAUAAUACAUUUGCGCGACUCGUUUUGUACGUCCACUACAUCACUGAUUACACAGUAUCUGAAACAAAGAAACGGUUCAAUAUUUGAUUUGAAACAACUGUUUGCACCGCAAAGCGAGUUCGAGUCUCACACUCAGCAGCUGUGUGUCAUCUGUCAGUCAUCACUGGUAUCUGUGGCACUGUUGCCCUGUCGGCACUCGUGUCUGUGCGGACAAUGUUUUCAACGAGUGGACAACUGUCCCAUUUGUCGGCUAUCGAUCACAUCGUUUUUCAGGAUCCGUGACGACGACGAUGGCGGCGACGUCGGCGACGACACUGAAGAUAAUCCGGAUUUCGGUACAAACCAGAGACAAACUACCGGUUGGUUUGCAUCGAUUAAUAACAAAAUUAAUCAAUGGCUGGGAUUGAACUAA